AGAGGGAGUGGAGCAGAGCGCACGGCACACAGACCAGACGCAGAGUGGAGAGGGAGAAAGGCGCACAGAUUUCAGUGGCUCUCAGCUGGUUUUCCCUCACACUGGAUGUGCACAUGAAGGAGGACAUCAUUUUUAAGGACAUCAACACAACUUCAAUAUUUUUUUUUUUAUAAACAAUUGCAUGUUUGUGUUUUCAGUGCGCAGAGAGAGCAAUGCAGCUAUGACGGAGAAGACCACUUAGGAAGUUAAAACCGGGCUGAUUUGUGUUCAUUUUGCAGCUAUUUUUAGGGUCUUUUUCUCCCUCACAAAAGAUCCACCAGAAAGAAAAAAAAAUGACGGGGCUUUUUUUAACAAGAAUGUUGGCAGUUUUGACUGUUUUAGUGUUGGCAACUCAGCAUGUCACCGGCAAGACACUGAAGUAUCAGAUUUAUGAGGAACAAAAGGUGGGCACGGUGAUUGCACGUUUGAAAGACGAUGUCGCGGAUGUUUUGGCGAAACUUCCCAGCUCAGUCUCUCUCCGCUUCAGAGCUAUGCAGCGGGGGAACUCGAAUCUACUCGCUGUGCGCGAGCAGGACGGAGAGAUCAGCAUCCGGACCAAAAUUGACCGCGAGAAACUCUGUGAAAAGAAUCUCAACUGCUUCAUUCAGUUCGACGUGCUGACUCUCCCCACGGAGCACCUCCAGUUGUUCCACGUCGAAGUGGAAGUGCUGGACAUUAAUGACAACGCACCCCAGUUUGCUCGAACCAUCAUUCCCAUCGAGAUCUCCGAGAGCGCGGCGGUGGGAGCGCGCAUUCCCCUGGACAGCGCCACAGACCCCGACGUCGGUGAGAACUCUCUGUACACAUACGCACUAGAGCCCAGCAACUUCUUCAAGAUCGACAUUCAGUCCAGAAGUGACGGGGUUAAAUAUGCUGAGCUGGUGGUGCUCAGGGAACUGGAUCGAGAGGUGCGCUCCAGUUAUGAACUUCAGUACACAGCCUCUGACAGGGGCGUUCCCCCGAGAACGGGUUCGACCCUACUUAAAAUCAAUGUCGCUGACUCGAAUGAUAACAGUCCUGUCUUUGAGAAGCCAUCAUAUGUGAUCAACCUGCCUGAAAACUCACCUGUUGGCACUCUGCUCAUUGACCUGAACGCCACAGACGCGGAUGAAGGCACAAAUGCCAAAAUAGUCUACUCCUUCAGCAGUCACGUGUCACCCAAAAUCAUGGAGACCUUCAAAAUUAAUCCCGACAGCGGUCACUUGACACUCAUCAGGCGUGUGGACUAUGAGACACUGAAUUCUUAUGACAUUGAUGUGCAGGCUCAGGACAUGGGUCCAAACUCCAUGCCCGCUCACUGCAAGAUUUUGGUCAAAGUGGUAGAUGUGAAUGACAACAAACCUGACAUCAACAUUGAUCUCAUGUCCACUCAGGGGAAUGGAGAUGCAGCCUAUGUAUCCGAGUCAUCACCACUGGACACGUUUGUUGCAUUUGUGCGGGUGGAGGACUUGGACUCGGGCUUAAAUGGAGAAGUAGAAUGUAAGCUUCACGGUCAGGGUUUUUUUAAACUACAAAAGAAAUAUGAGAACAACUACAUGAUUUUGACCAAUGUGUCGUUGGACAGGGAGAAAAGAUCAGAGUUCAGCCUGACUGUGGUCGCAGAGGACCGGGGAGCCACCAGUCUCUCCACUGUUAAACAUUUCACUGUGCAUGUUACUGAUGAAAACGACAACCCGCCACGUUUUGAGAAGGGACGAUAUGAGAUCUUCAAAUCAGAAAACAAUGCCCCUGGAGCAUAUUUGACAUCCAUCAUGGCAACUGAUCCUGAUCUGGAUGCCAACGGACAGGUGAGCUACUCUAUCCUGGAAAACUCCAUUCAUGGAAGUCCCAUCUCCACCUAUGUGACCAUUGACCCGUCAAACGGUGCCAUCUAUGCUCUGCGCACAUUUGACCGCGAAGAUGUGAGUGAGAUUUCUUUUGUUGUACAAGCAAAGGAUGCGGGGAAACCUGCUCUGACUAGUAACGCCACCGUUGUUCUGAAUAUUCUGGAUGAAAAUGACAACCCUCCGGUCAUUGUGGUGCCACAGUUGUGGAACUUUACAGCAGAUAUCCCUGCAUCAAAGUUCACUGAAGCAGGACAGUUAGUAACCGUCGUCAGAGCAACUGAUCGUGACACGGGGGUCAAUGCUGAGCUCAUCUGCUCCAUUGUCAGUGGCAACGAGGAGGGGUUCUUCCUUAUUGACCCAAGGACAUGUGAGAUUCAUGCUAAUGCUAGUCUGGAGAACUUUCCGCGUGAUCAUGCUGAGCUCACAGUAGUAGUCAGAGAUCAGGGAAGUGAAAGCCUCAGCGCCAAAGCUUUUCUGAAAGUCACCCUUUACGAGAACAUGGAGAACCACGUGCAGCCCAUGGAUCAGGGGGAGUCUUCUUUUCCUGAUGUGUCCCUGAUUAUCAUCAUCUCCCUGUUGACCAUUUGUGUCGUGCUCCUGAUUAUCAUGGUGGUGUUUGCCACUCACCGUAAGCGGGAGAAAAAAGACAACAGACACUCUUACAACUGCCGGGUGGCCGAAUCGACCCACCAGCACCACCCAAAGAAGCCCUCCCGGCAAAUCCACAAAGGUGACAUCACCCUGGUCCCCACAGUGAAUGGCACCCUCCCUAUCAGAGCUCACCACCGCUCGCCCUCGGCCACGCCUCCGAUGGACAGAGCCCAGAUCGGGAGCAGGCAGAACCAGCACAGCCGCCAAUCCCUAAACAGCCUGGUGACCAUCUCCUCCAAUCACAUCCCAGAGAGCUUUGCCCUGGAACUGGCUCAUGCGACUCCACCUGUGGAGCAAGUCUCACAGCUUCUGUCCAUGCUCCAUCAGGGCCAGUACCAGCCCAGACCCAGUUUCCGUGGCAACAAAUACUCCCGCAGCUACAGGUAUGCAUUGCAGGACAUGGACAAGUUCAGCCUCAAGGACAGUGGCCGUGGGGACAGUGAGGCGGGGGACAGCGAUUGUGAGAUGGGGCGGGAAUCCCCUGUGGACAGGCUGCUGCUGGGGGAGGGCUUUUCUGACCUGAUGCACCUCGAAAUGCACCAUAGACUCCACCCAGCUAUGAGACUGUGCACAGAGGAAUGCCGCAUCUUGGGACACUCUGACCAGUGCUGGAUGCCGCCAAUCGCCUCCCCGACUUCCUCCGCCGACUACCGUAACAACAUGUACAUCCCCGGGGAGGAGUCCUCGCAGCAACCUCAGCUCGAAGACGACCAGUCCUCGGUGGACUCGGAGCAGCGUAAGAGCUUCUCCACUUUUGGCAAGGAGUGUGGAAGUGAGGAGCUGGGGGCUGGAGGGGGAGGCGACACGUGCGCAGCUGGGGGCGGGGCUGGUUCCCUCCUCACAGAGAUGAACUCUGUGUUCCAGCGUCUUCUGCCCCCUAAUAUGGACUCCUACACUGAGUGCACUGAAACAAGCCCACCCUCAUCUUCAUCAGCCGCUGAGAGAGGAAGCAGCCGCAGUGGCAACAUCGCCAGUAACCAUAGUAACAAUGCUGUUCCUCAGGACAGCCGGAGAGGUUUGUUGCCAGGUGGUAAAGGUCCUGCUUACCCCCCAGGUGUUGCCGCAUGGGCUGCCAGUACCCAUUACCUAAAUCCAGGAAGUGGAUCUGUGGGGACGAACCAUGUUUCCGCCUCCUCUACGUCCCCAUCGUCAACCUCCACUCCCAGUUCCACCAAUGGACAGCCAGCACACCUGAAGUGGCUGCCGGCCAUGGAAGAAAUCCCAGAAAAUUAUGAGGAGGAUGAAUUUGAUGGCGUCUUCCAUCAGGGUCACCAAACUGGGAAACGCAGCGAGAGUCGCCACGAGUCCGGCAUAGACACGAGUGAACUGGCUCACGAGAUCAACAAACUGCUGCAGGAUGUCAGACAGAACUAGUACGGACUAACAACAACAACAAAAAGCCUAAAAAUGUGUUUAGUGUUGUGGAGGAACAUUUCACCACAUUCUGGUGCAUUCUUGUUCAUUGUGCCAACCUGAAACUGUAUCUUGGUGGGGUUCUUUUUAUACUGUAAUGCUUGUCUUGUUUAUUUUACCAAAUUUCCUCUUUGCCUCUCUGUGCUGGGGGGACUUACAGAGAAAAGAAAACACAGCACUGAAAUUGUGAAGCUACUUAAAGGCAUCAAAGCCAGAGCUCGGAGAGCAGAUUGUGUAGCUGUUAUUACAGUCUCUCAGAAAGUCACUUGAAUGAGUGUUUUCAAACUGAAAAUCCAUCAACAAAAAGACAUUUCUUUUUCGUCAUUUGUAAUGUUUACAACAGCGUGAAAAGACUCGGAGAAAACCAACUGAUGUGUGAUCUGAUUUUUACUCCAUAGUAUACAAUACUGUACAGUGUUUUGUGGGAAAAAAAAGGCAAACUCACUUGAAUAUUGUGCCAUGUCUCCUGUUUUGUUAUUAUGGAAUGUAACUGUACAAUUUGACCUUUAUAUUUCAAAAAUACACAAUUUUUUUACUUCUCUA